AUGGACUUCCAGAACGCCCAACAUCUGGUGGCCGCCGCCCAGAAGGUACGCGCAGAAUACCUCAAGGGUGCCCAUACCACCUCUAUCUCCGUCCAGCAAAAGGCCACCUGCCGCAACGAUCCUGUCAAUGGCCCUCUCUGGGUCAGCAAAUUCUCCCUCCCCAGUCCAAAUGACGAUAACUCGCGCGAGCUUCUCCUACAGCUGAUAGACGAGGCAAACGAGCACCAGGUACGCUACGAUCGCCCGGAGUCGGCUCCGCUGGACUUUGAAUGGGUGGGAUACCGUAGCAAUGUCCAGAAGGACACGCCGGAGCCCGCGAUUGGGGAACAGGAGAAGUUUGAGAAGUUGAUGGCGGAGACCAAGAGCCCCUUGACUAUACUCUACCUCUACGGGGGUACCUUUGUCUAUCGCAAACAUGCCGCCUCACUGGCACAGGCCACAGGAGCCAGGGUCCUGCUCGUGCGACAACGACUAGCUCCUCAGAAUCCCUUUCCAGCUGCCCUCCUGGACGCCUUCCAAGCCUACCUGGCCUUGCUGAGCCCCCCUGGGGGCAGUCCACACAAAGCUGUGCCGGCCUCUUCGAUUGUGGUCGCCGGUGAUAGCUCCGGCUCCUGUCUAGCCCUAGGACUCCUCCAGGCACCCGUUGUGCCGGCCGGGAUGUCCCUCCUCAGUCCUACGGCUGACCUCACCAAUGCCUUCCCCUCGUUCGAGCGCAAUGCUUACUGUGACAUCUUCCCCACCCCGAUCGAGAAGCUGCCCUACCUGGAAAAGACGUUCCCGACCUGUCCGGCCUGGCCUACACGUCCACCCCGUGCCAACCUCUACUGCGAGGCAGGCAUGCUGGCGCAUCCAAUAGCGAGCCCCGCAGCUGCGGACGACUGGACCGGUGCCUGUCCCCUUUGGCUGGGGUCAGGUCAGGAGCAGAUCGUUGACGCAUCACGAUUGGUGGCCCGGGAGGUGCAUCGCGCAGGCGGAUCUAUCACUCUCCAGGAGUACGAGAACAUGCCCCACACUUUCUUCUUCGUGUUCCGGAUGGCCCCGCAGACAAAGCAGAUCCUGGCGGAAUGGGCUCAGUCGAUCGUGCGAUUUGGGCGUGGGGAGCGACCGCUCUCGAGUGCUCAGUUCAUCCGGGCGCGAGGUCUGACGGCGGAACCGCUGGUGGUAGAGGAUCUGGUGCCGUUCACGGUGCAACAGGCGCAGCAGUGGAUGUGGUCCAAGACCCAUGGCUAUAAAGUACCGACCUUCCAUCAAGAGGGCCGAUCUAGCUUGUAG